AGCAGGAUGACGACCUCUUCCCGAGCUUUCGGCCGUGUCCGCGUGGCCGCGGGGUCGAAAUAACAACCACCGUACCUACCUAUCUAUCCAUCUUACUACCUGCCCACCUGUCAACUAUUGCCCAUACUCUGAUACCGUGCAACUACGAAGAUGUACAGAUCCUUGUUGAGAAGAGCUCGACCAGCUGCAUCCUCUCCGUCGCAGGUCAGGGGGAUCUCGAGACUAGCAACCGCCAGGAAAGAAUGGGGUAACAAGCUCGUCGUCUCGGAAGAGGUCGAACAUGCGCUCGAAUCUGGCAGUAAAGGAACAAUCGCCCUGGAGACGGCUAUCGUGACACAUGGUAUGCCCUACCCCGCCAACCUGGAUACGGCCUUGUCCCUGGAAAAGAUCAUCAGAGAGACCUCUUCCAACAACGUCGUACCCGCAACCAUAGCGCUCCUGCAAGGCCGCGUUCAUAUUGGCUUGACACGUGGAGAAAUGGAACGACUGGCCGACCCGGAGGUCUCGAAAAAGAGCAUCAAGGUCUCUAGGCGGGAUUUGGCUUUCGGAGUGUCUAAUAGGUUGGAUGGAGGGACUACGGUCGCGGGGACGAUGUUGCUUUCUCAUCAGGUUGGGAUCGAGACCUUCGUCACUGGGGGUAUAGGAGGUGUACACCGGGGGGCCCAGAGCAGUAUGGACAUCUCUGCGGACCUCCAAGAAUUGUCGAAGACCCCCAUGGGUGUCGUCUGCGCAGGAGCCAAAUCCAUCCUAGAUCUCGGCCUCACCCUCGAAGUGCUCGAAACGCUCGGUGUCAACGUCUCCACUAUUGGGGAGAGUAACGAUUUCCCAGCGUUUUACACUCGGGUUUCUGGGUUCAAGAGUCCUUACUUCGUCAGGACCCCUGAAGAGGCUGCCCGGCUGUUGCACACCUCGCUGCACGUCCUCCCACCCUCCUUGCGUGCCGCUCAGUUGUUUGCCACUCCCAUUCCGGCCGAAUACGAAGCUCAGGGCGCCAAGAUUCAAAAGGCCGUGGAACAGGCUGUCAGGGAGAGCGUUGAACAAGGGGUAGAUAAGAAGGGCAAGGAGGUCACGCCUUGGUUGUUGAAACGAGUUGGAGAGCUCACUCAAGGGAAAGCUUUGGAGAGCAAUAUCGCGUUGAUCGAGAACAAUGCCAGGGUUGGAGCCAAGUUGGCGCAAGAGCUGCUGCGCUUGAAGUCGAGCGGAAUCGCUGGCUCAUCAUCAUCAACAUUCGUCGCACCCGUCAUCCCAAGUUUGAAGAGAACAGAAACGAUAAAGCCACCCAAGCGGACAGACGUGGAAUCGCUGCCUCGACCCAAAGUCCUGGUCUUUGGCUCGGCAGCCAUAGAUGUAACCGCUCAAGCUAGGCCGUCAACGGGAUCGAUUCUUCACACGACCGUCCCGGGCGCAGUCCAAUUCACGCCAGGCGGAGUCGGAAGGAAUAUAGCGGAGUGUGCCAGUCGGCUUUCGGAUCCGAACGAGGUGUUGUUGAUCUCUGCCAUCGGAACACGGCCGCAAUCACAUUCGGAGGCACCGCCUACUGCGGAUACCUUUGGAACGAUCCUCGAAAGCGAGAUGGGGAUUUCAGGAAUGCGGACCGAUGGGCUGAUACGCCGACUGGACGCGAGCGCGAACACGGCGGUCUGCAACUUGAUCCUUAGCCAUGAUGGCGGUCUCAUCGCAGGGAUCGCAGAUAUGGACAUCGCCGAAUCGAUAACGGUCGAAGAAGUUACCGAGGCAAUUGAACGCUAUCAGCCAGAGAUCGUAGGGUUUGAUGCGAACAUUCGGGAAGAAGUCUUGAGCGCUCUUUUGGUGACGUGUCAGCGAAAGGGAAUUCAGACCAUGUUUGAUCCAACGUCUUUGCCAAAGAUGGAAAGGAUGAUUUCGGCGUUGCGUACGAACCUCCCGGCACCGCCAUCAGAAUCUCGUCUGCUCAGUCAUUUCUCACCAAAUCUGCUGGAAGUCAAGGAAUUGUACGGAAAACUCCAGCAGCUGGGACUCUUUGAGACGGAAGAAUGGUUCGCCUAUAUCGCUGAACUGCGCUUGAGUGCCAACUGGCGUAACGGUAUCGAGCGACUGUCGAACAUCAAGGAACACGAUCUUGGAUGGCUCGUGAACGCCGGUGUUGCUCAGAUGAUGGUCAGCCUUCUGCCCUGGGUAGAAAACCUCUGGGUCAAAUGUGGACAGGACGGAUUGAUACAUCUUGGGAUUGUCGACGCCGCUCGGGAAGCAUCGCGCGGACAAGCCGGAGUCCGUCGGGUCGAGCACGACUCGCCGAACGAUUUCAAGGAUUUCGCCAUCGGCCAGAUGGAGAAGCCGGUCUUGAGACUGUCGCACUUUCCGCCCAUCAAACUGGACCGGAUGGUAUCGAGCACCGGAGCCGGUGAUUCUCUUGUGGGUGGUUUGAUCGCAGGCCUCGGUCGUAGUUUACCGAUAGACCAGGUAGCGCGACAAGGUAUGGACGCCGCGCGCGCUUCGUUGCUAAGCGAUCAGGCUGUAGGGGAUGUCAAGCGAUUGGAGUGACGUGCUGCAUUAUCCUGAACGCAUGGCGCAAACUAUAAGCAUGACAUACCACUUGAGAUGGAUCAUCCCCAACAAGAGAUUUAUAACCGCAAAUUUCUCGAUUUCGCAACGGGUUUUGGCUUGUUGCGCAACUUCACGCCACGGUACAUCCCGAAGACUCGUCUUGGGGAUAUGGGCGGCUUGUCACACGGCUGACCCAUAGGGACGAGCAUCGCAUCGUAAGCAAGUUCCGUCAAAAGAGCUUAUUCUCACUGCGAGCCGGUGGCUUCCAGAUUGCGUAGCGCCGACUUCAGAUUCUAUGUAUUGAUGGAAGUCUCAGGAUGGUAGGAGCUGUACAGAAUCUGUCAUGUGUCUCAGACCGUCUCCGGCUUCCCUGCUCGUAUGCUCUGCGCUGCCGGUUUGUGCUUUUGAAAUGUAUAGGCAUGGUGAUCACGACCGCCGCAUCGAGCCGAGUAGUCAUUUUCCUC